AUGUACGCUACGCCUGCCUACGAGAGGGCUCUCAAUGAGUCCCAGAUCCAUGAGCAGCUUCCGAAUGAGAUUGCGGAACUCAUUCGCACAGCUUCUGGGACUCAGUACCUGAAUGCGCUUGCGGUUGGCGCUUCAAGGUCAGGAUGUACAGAGAAUUUCUUUUGCAUAUAUGAACCGAUUUUCGUGGACUUGGCAGCACGAUGGAUUUUAUCCGACUCUCACCUCAACCAAAUCGAAGUUAUUUCCGCAUUUGCACGAAUCCUACCUUUCGCGCCGUAUCUUCGACCCUUUGCUAGCCAAUAUGCCAUGUCCCGGGCUGGACCUUUGUCGACGUUGGCUGCGUCCGACGAGCAAACACUAAUGCAGAUGGAUGACGCUACGAUUCGCACGUUACUUCUAGCGAUCUUUCGACUUCUUUCAUACGAUUUAGAGACGUUUUCGGAUUCCGUGUCACCGUCCCGACUCCAGCUCCUUUUCCGACAUCGAGACUCGUCCGUCCGAUACCUUGCAGUGCGAUGCUUUGCUCUAUACGUGCGCGCAGCUGAUGCUGCCACGGAGAAGUUGGUUCGGGCAAAUAUCACCGGGGAGGCUUUUGAGAGCAGCUGGGAAGGCAUCGUAAUCGACUAUCGCUGCCUUGGUCUAUGGGAAGAGCGCCGGUGGGAUACCCUCGCGAAGCGGGUUGAGCUUGCGAGAUCUGGUCGUUCAGCUGUGGAAAGCCUCUCUCAGGUUGAAAGCCUACGAGAGUAUUUCACUCCGCGAACUGCCGAGGUUUGCGGUGUCUUAAUACCGCGACUGAAUGACACGGUAUCUCCGGCGUCCUCGAUGGUGAAAACACCAACUGCAGUGGGAAACCUGCGGAAGGUCGCUUCAUCGUUGAACACGUCUAGUCCUCUGCUCUUGAUCGGUCUGCCAAACUCAGGAAAGACUUCAUUAGUCAAUGAUAUUGCGGCGACCAUGGGUCAAUCGGAAUCCAUGGUUACACUUCAUCUGAAUGAACAGACGGAUGCUAAGAGUCUUCUUGGGAUGUACUCGACCUCCCCGACUACAGGCUCAUUUGCGUGGCAGCCGGGUGUGUUGACGAAGGCGGCAAGAGAAGGCCGCUGGAUUCUGAUCGAAGACUUCGAUCGCGCUCCUUCUGAAGUCAUUGGCCUUAUUCUUCCCAUAAUAGAGAAAGGAGAAUUGACCAUAGCCAGCAGAAAGGAGCGGAUCAAGUGCGCUGAAGGAUUUAGGAUCAUUGCUACCAUGAAGUCUUCGUACAAUAUCGCUGGUGAAGAGAUCGCCCCAAGCACCACCAUCCUGGGCAGCAGAUUAUGGCAACGAGUUUCCAUCGAUUCCCUCUCCAUCGACGAGAUUCGCGAGGUGAUAACACAAAAGUUCCCUCUUCUAGAAUCUCGGAUCCAGGUUAUCAUGAGCGUGUAUCAAAACCUCUGUUCUUCUUUCCACGGGAGCCUUGCGAUUAAAAGCUCCCAAGGUCGGACCCCGGGUCUUCGCGACCUAAUAAAACUUUGCAGCCGGCUGCAUAAGCGACUGCAGCGUCUGGGUGUAAAGACGGGCUACGAAGCUACCCCUGAAGGUGCUGACGACGAGAUUUUCAGGGACUUUGUGGAUAUCUUUCUCAGUUACAUCCCCGAGAAAUCCAUGGCAGAAACCCUGGCUCUGGUCGUUGCGGAAGCUCUUCAGAUAUCGCCUCAGCGAGCACAAUACACCCUUCAUGAGCGCGUUCCAGCGUAUUCAGACCAGGGAAACAGUCUUGUGCUUGGAAGAGAAGUUUGCCGGAAAGUCAAGGUACCUACGGGGUCAUUGUCCAAAAUGUCUGCUGCCUCAUCGCGCUUCGCUUCUACAAGAUCUGCUGUUAGUCUCAUGGAACAAGUAGCUGCUGCCGUGCAAAUGGCAGAACCCGUUCUUCUUGUUGGUGAAACCGGUAUCGGAAAGACAACAGUGAUCCAACAACUUGCCACUUUAUUACGGCAAAAGCUCACGGUAGUGAACUUGUCACAGCAAAGUGAAAGUUCUGAUCUUCUUGGUGGUUAUAAGCCCGUGAACAUUCGUACUAUGGCUGUCCCUAUGCUUGAUGAAUUUACGUCGGUAUUCGAGUUGACUUUCUCAGCCAAAAAAAACCACAAGUUCCUGUCAUCCGUCUCCAAAAGUGUUACCACAGGAAACUGGGUGCGCUUGGUAAAUCUAUGGCAUGAAGCCGUUCGGUUAGCGGAGGGUGUUUUCAAAGCAGACAAUGGGCAAGGAAAAGAGCCCGAGGAAGGACAGCCAGCCAAGAAACGGAAACUCGAUUCGCCGAAAUACCAGCAGUUGCGACAGAGGUGGGAAAGGUUCGCGGCACAGUUGAACGAUUUCGAGGCCCAAGUUUCCCAGGGCGAUGCCAAAUUCACGUUUGCUUUUGUCCAGGGUAAGAUCGUCCGCGCGCUACGCAAUGGUGAAUGGGUACUCCUUGAUGAGGUCAAUUUGGCUUCGCCAGAUACUCUGGAGAACAUUGCUAGUCUUCUGCAUCACGGUAGCGAUGGUUCACCAUCCGUGCUACUUUCAGAAGCCGGUGAUGUGGAGCGCGUUUUUGGGCACCCCGAUUUCCGUAUAUUUGGCGCCAUGAACCCGGCAACAGAUGCAGGGAAGAAGGAUUUGCCUCCUGGCCUUCGCUCUCGGUUUACUGAAGUAUACGUGCAUUCUCCGGAUAGUGACAUUGAUGAUCUGCUGUCAUUGAUACAGAAGUAUCUAGGUGACCUGGCAUUGAGCGAUUCCAGAGUCGUAUCAGAUCUUGCCCAUCUCUACAUGGAAACUAAGAAGCUUAGCAACGAGAACAAGCUUACAGACGGAGCCGGACAACGCCCACAUUUCAGCAUAAGAACCCUCGUCCGUGCUCUAAUCUAUGUGGCCGACCAUGCACACAUAUAUGGGUUGCGCCGAGCUGUUUUCGAAGGCUUCUCCAUGAGUUUCUUGACUGUCUUGAGUCAGGAAUCGGAAAGGCUUUUGGCGCCUCUACUGGAGAGACACAUCUUCAACAAUGCGAAGAACGUUCGGGCGCUCCUUGGACAAACCCCUCGGCCCCCCAGUGAUGGACAUUCUUAUGUGCAGUUCAAACACUACUGGAUGCGGCAAGGGAACACUAUUCCCGAGGAACAACCUCAUUACAUUAUCACGCCUUUCAUUGAGAAGAACCUGAAGAAUCUGGUUAGAGCAAGCUCAACCCGCCGAUUCCCUGUUCUGUUGCAGGGCCCGACUUCCGCUGGAAAAACAAGUAUGAUUGAAUAUCUGGCGAAGGUCUCCGGGAAUAAAUUUGUUCGGAUCAACAAUCAUGAACAUACAGAUCUCCAAGAAUAUUUGGGGUCAUACGUUUCUGACGAAGACGGAACCCUGCGUUAUCAGGAAGGUAUCAUGGUAGAAGCUUUGAGGAAUGGAUAUUGGAUCGUUCUAGACGAGCUCAACUUGGCGCCAUCGGAUGUCUUGGAAGCAUUGAACAGACUUCUUGACGACAAUCGUGAGCUAUUCAUACCUGAAACCCAGGAGGUGGUCCACCCGCAUCCGAACUUCAUGCUCUUUGCCACACAAAAUCCAGCUGGUCUCUACGGUGGUCGAAAGGUGCUAUCCCGCGCUUUUCGCAACCGUUUCCUUGAGCUUCACUUUGACGACAUCCCGGAAAGUGAGCUUGAGUUCAUCUUGAAGGAACGUUCUCAGAUUGCACCUUCAUUCUGUACCCGAAUCGUAUCCGUAUACCGGAAGCUAUCCUUGCUCCGUCAAGCAAACCGACUUUUCGAGCAGAAGAACAGCUUUGCCACCCUGCGUGACUUGUUCCGAUGGGCACUCCGACGAGCAGACGACCGUGAUCAGCUAGCAAUCAACGGCUUCAUGCUACUUGCAGAGCGUGUUCGCAAUCCACAAGAACGGGCGGCUGUGAAGAGCGUUAUCGAAGAAGUCAUGAGAGUCCGCAUCGACGAGGAUGUAAUCUAUGGUGCUUCGGAGCUAGACAAGCGUGCGCCUCUUCUCAAAACACUUGCCCCUGGAAUUGUCUGGACGAAGGCCAUGCGAAGGUUAUUUAUUCUGGUUUCCGUUGCACUCGAGAACAACGAACCGGUCCUGCUCGUUGGAGAGACUGGUUGCGGAAAGACUCAGCUUUGUCAAGCCGUUGCAGAGGCUUACAGGAAGCAAUUACUCAUCGUCAAUGCACAUGUGAAUCUGGAAACGGGCGAUCUUAUAGGAGCUCAGAGGCCUGUCAGAAAUAGGGCCGCCAUCGAACAAGCUUUGCUCAGUGACCUUCGGUCAAUAAUCUCUGGAGAAAUUGUUGAAUCAAGCUCGAUCGAAGAGUUGAAACAAGCUUUCAGCGCAUUGGGCGCUGACCAGUUGCAAUUACACGACCCCGAGACGGUGCAACGAAUCGUGAAAAACAUUGCGCGUGUUAAUGCCUUGUUUGAAUGGUCCGAUGGAAGCUUGAUUACUGCCAUGAGAACGGGGCAGUUUUUCCUCCUAGACGAGAUCUCACUGGCCGACGAUUCAGUGUUGGAGAGAUUGAAUAGUGUUUUGGAACCCCACCGAUCGAUCCUUCUUGCAGAAAAGGGCCCAGUUGAUUCAAUGGUAGUCGCUGAUGCCGGAUUCCAGUUCCUUUCCACCAUGAACCCAGGAGGAGAUUAUGGAAAGCGUGAGCUCUCUGCAGCACUCAGAAACCGAAUGACUGAGAUAUGGGCGCCGCAGCUCUCGGAAGACGAAGACAUCUUACCCAUCCUCCAAAUGAAGCUUGAGAUGAAGUCCGAAGAUGUUACCAAGGGCAUGUUGCAAUUUGCGAAAUGGUUCAAAUCGACCUUGCAGAACUCUUCAACUGAAUCGCUUUCUAUUCGUGACCUCCUCGGCUGGGUCGAUUUCGUCAACAAGUGUCAGACCACAGACCCUCUAUUUUCUAUAGUACAGGGUGCGGCAAUGGUGUUUAUCGACACUAUUGGCGCAAAUCCAGCGGCAAUGCUCGCAUCAACGCUGCAUGAUCUGGAAGGGAAUCGACGACUAUGCCUUGCCAAACUUCGAGAAAUCUUCAAUGUGGAUGCGGAGAGCAUUUAUCUUCAGCGCUCCACCAUUGAUAUAGAAAAUGGUUCCCUACGCAUAGGCCCAUUCGUCCUUGAUAUGAAUGGUCAGACAACACCAGAUCCGGAAUUCAUAAUGGAUGCUCCUACGACAAUUGCCAACUCUGUUAGAAUUGCCCGUGGUCUGCAAUUGCCGAAGCCCAUUCUUCUCGAAGGUAGCCCAGGUGUGGGAAAAACCACGCUUGUGACAGCUCUUGCCAAGGCAUUGGGAAAGCCUCUCACUCGGAUAAAUUUGUCUGAACAAACUGAUCUUACAGAUUUGUUUGGAUCAGAUGUGCCGGUAGAGGGUGGUGAUGUUGGUCAAUUCACUUGGCGCGAUGCCCCAUUCCUACAGGCGAUGCAGCGUGGUGACUGGGUUCUUCUGGAUGAAAUGAACCUUGCCUCUCAGUCUGUUCUUGAGGGUCUGAAUGCCUGUUUGGACCACCGUCAAAUGGUUUACGUUGCAGAGCUUGAUCAAACGUUUAAAAGACAUCCCGAUUUUGUCCUCUUUGCUGCGCAGAACCCGCAUCAUCAAGGUGGUGGAAGAAAGGGUCUUCCAGCUUCUUUCGUCAACCGAUUCACUGUUGUGUAUGCGGAUAGCUUCACCAACGAUGACCUGAAGAGGAUAUGCGCAAAGCUUUUCCCUGGGAGCCCUUCUUCACAAACUGAUGGCUUGGUGGACUUUGUGUCGAGGUUGAAUAAGGCUAUUGUUCAAGAACGAAGGCUAGGAGCGGUUGGAGGCCCAUGGGAAGUUAAUCUACGAGACAUUCAAAGGUGGCUCCAGCUUGCAGACCGUGGAGAUUUGCAGAUCCCGACAAGCAACUUCCUUGAUGUCAUCAUCUCCCAGCGAUUUAGGUCUCAAGAGGAUCGGCAGUUGGUCGCUCAAAUUUAUGAGCAGGUUUUCAGGGAUACGCCAAGGGUGGCCAAAAACUACUACCACAACCUCACGCCAGACUACAUGCAAGUUGGUUUUGGGACAAUGCGAAGGGAUCCGUUCCUCCAGCAGACCCCAGAGCCCCAGAUGCGGAUACUUCCGCGCGAUCUUUCGGUUCUUGAGUCUCUCAUGCUAUGUAUCGAACAAUCAUGGCCUAGUAUCCUGGUUGGACCUUCUGGCUGUGGCAAGACCGCUCUCAUCCGAAAGCUCGCGGCCCUGAAUGGUGCUAGCCUUGUUGAAUUGGCCCUGAGUGCUGACACCGAUACGAUGGAUCUGAUUGGUGGCUUUGAACAAAUUGACCAUAAGCGGGAGGUGUCGUCUCUGAUGCAAGAUAUUUCGCUACUGCUCCGACAAUACAUCAUCUCUACAUACUCCUCGGGAAGUGGUUUUGAUGGAGUCCCCGCAUUUCUUCAAGUCUUUGAGGCUCUCCAGAGCAGGGAAAUCUCACUGGACAAUAUUUGUUCAUCGCUUACGACACUAUGCCAGCUUUAUUCUGAACAGCCCCUUGAAGAUCUCCUUCUCCGUGGUCAAAGCUUGCUGGAAAAGUCAAAACAAUCGGACAAGAUGAAAGUGGGAUUCGAAUGGACCGAGGGCGUCUUAACGCAAGCUGUGCAACAUGGGCAUUGGGUUAUCCUCGAUAAUGCCAACCUUUGCAACCCCUCUGUUCUGGACAGGUUGAACUCGCUCACUGAACCCAAUGGCGCUUUGAUUCUCAAUGAGCAACGGACUGAAGAUGGUUCUGCUCGUGUUAUUAAGCCGCAUCCAAAUUUCAGGCUGUUUUUGACAGUUGACCCUCGUCAUGGAGAACUGUCACGCGCCAUGAGGAAUCGUUGUGUUGAGGUUUGCUUCUUGCCCCAGGAAGAUGACAACAUAGCGGGCACAUUCACGCCUUCCUAUACAUGUCAAUCUUCCUUGUACCGCCUUCGCUCUAUCUGGAACUUCGAUUCUCCGGUCACCACUGGAGACCUAACGCGGGCAGCCUAUGGGGUGUGUCUUGACCACCUUUCCAUCGGAGAUCUUGCCUAUAUCCAGAGGAAUCUCGAUUUCUUCCUGCCGUACUGUUCGGAUUCUGUGAAGGAAUUGCUCUCGUCGACCCUGCCUCAGUACGUGUCCGUUGUGCAUGAUAAUUCGGGCUGGAAGCCUCUUGAUCAUUUCAACAGCACCGUUGCACUCGGCGGUGCGUCCUUGUCUAUUCAGGGACAGUCACAGCCUCUUCAUCCUUUGGUCAAUGAGCCACUAGCUUCAAUUUUGUGUGGCGAUGUGUCCUUCACUCCCCUCGCAAUUCUGGCGCAAUUGCAAGAGUCCAAGUUGGAUUUGCAUCGCUUAAGACAAGGCCUGCAACAAGCAGAUGAGUCAGGAAAGCAACUGAAACCAAGUGAAAUGAGUCGAUUGGAGCGGUCUUUGGCUUCCGGGCGCAUCCCGGCUCUCAUGAAAGAUGCAACUCAGCCAGUUGGCUCUUUCUUGUCAGACUGUGGACAAGCAGUGUAUGACUUCAUACAGGGUUUGGAUCAAGACGUUCUUCAGGCACCCCAGCUUCUCCCCAUCCUUCGAGCAGUCAUCGACUUUUCCAUGGAUAUCUUCAGACUAACUACAGCAAGUGAGGUGGAUGAAGGUGAGUUUCAAGUGUAUCUCCAAAUUGGCAGAGAGUUAUCUGCCUCACUGGCAGACUCUUGGGCCCUUUUGAAGCCAUUGGCGUUUGCUCUAUCCCAGGCGCUUGACCGAUUCCAGGAAAAUUGGGCUUUGAGGACCGGACUUAGCAUGCAGAGACUGUGGGAGUCGUGGAGACCUGCAACGCCCGCAACGCAAAGUCAAUUAAAGUCCAUUCUAGACCUAGAGACCGUCGCCUCUGAGUUUACCGACAUUGCCAUCAAAACUCGUCUUGAUUUGUCUAAUCUAAGCCGGGUUCGCGACUCCCUCAUUAACGCCCAACAUUCUAUUCUCGUCGACGGCGCAGACGAAGGACAACUUGUUCAGGUAGGAUUGAAAUUCUUGCUUUAA